GGGAGGUGCUGGCGGUAGGGGCGGGGGGCGGAGCCUGUCCGCGCCCCGGAUCCCUGGGCUCCAGGAAGAGCUAGCGAGCCAGCAAGCGAGCGAGCGAACGCUGAGUCCUGAGGCUUUCAGACUGGAAAAGACUUUCCUUUUUCACUGACACUCUCCACCAUGAUCCAUAGCCUUUUCUUAAUCAACUCCUCUGGAGAUAUUUUCCUGGAGAAACACUGGAAAAGUGUGGUCAGCCGUUCUGUUUGUGACUACUUUUUUGAGGCACAAGAGAGAGCUACUGAGGCAGAAAACGUACCUCCAGUUAUCCCUACUCCUCACCACUAUCUCUUAAGUGUUUACCGCCAUAAGAUCUUUUUUGUGGCUGUGAUCCAGACGGAGGUCCCACCUCUAUUUGUCAUUGAGUUCCUUCACCGAGUAGUGGACACAUUUCAGGAUUACUUUGGAGUCUGUUCAGAGCCAGUGAUCAAAGACAAUGUAGUUGUGGUUUAUGAGGUAUUGGAAGAGAUGCUUGACAAUGGGUUUCCACUGGCUACUGAGUCAAACAUCCUCAAAGAACUGAUCAAGCCUCCCACGAUCCUUCGAACAGUUGUCAACACCAUAACAGGUAUGGAGAAGGGGAAACCACAGAAAGCUGCUGUUUUCUGGGUGUGACUUGUCAGCUGUGUG